GCAAAGCCCUGCAAGCGCAAAGGUAGCAAACAUAAGACCAGCUUUGGAGUUUGUUUGGGAGUGAAGAGAAGGACCACUUUCGCUGAGAACCUCUGGCUUGAAAGAAGAUUACAGUAACUAAUGAAAACAGUGCACUUGCAAGUAGAUUUUCUGUCGGAAAUGAUUACUGUAUGAUGGAUGACACAACAAGUAAAAGCUAACCUAAGAGAGAGUUGAAUUAGGAAGAAUGAUAAUUUAAUGGUGCAAAAAUGUUACAGAAUUAAGACAAAGAGGAACCAUAGUGUGCAUAGUUCUAAACUUGGCACCUUUUUGCAGAGACCAAAAAUAUUGCAAAACUCAAAAAAUAAGUAUAUAAAAUUAAGGGUAUGUACAGGAUAAGUACAUAACAUUAAGGAGCCUGCAGCCUCAAGGCCAGCUGGAUUUAUGUCUCUUGCACUCUCUUUGAAGCUGAAGAUCACCUUGUUAUCUGGGAGAUUUGUACUUAACACGAGCGAACAGGGCAUUCUGAGAUGGAGCUAACCUGGAAACUAGAUCAAGUUCCAAGAUCAGGUUCUGCUACAGUUCGGGUGACAGACUUGGGCUGGCAAGGACUCUUGAAUCCCAGUCCAUCAAUUAAAGAUGAUGGAGAGUUACUAGUGGAUGAAUAUCUUUCUCCUAGUAAGCUGCAAGCAUUGACAGGGCUAGAUGAUCUGCAACAAGUGAGGGCCCUGGAGAUGCGGGUUGACACAAGAGAAAACAGCUUGGGAAACUUUGGUGCUUAUCUCCCUAAUUUAAAACAACUGAAACUGAACAACAGCAUGCUUACAUCUGUGAGGGACCUUGGAACAGCUCUGUCACAUCUUCAGGUCCUUUGGAUGGUUCGCUGUGGGCUUUCAGACUUAGAUGGCAUCUCUUCCUGCUGUUCUUUGAAGGAACUCUAUAUAGCCUAUAACAAUAUUGCUGACUUAAGCCCAGUGAGCCUAUUAGAGCAUCUUGAGAUUCUAGACUUAGAAGGAAACAACAUUGAGGAACUUGGUCAAGUCCAGUAUCUAGGGCUGUGUACCAAACUGACUACUCUUACCAUGGAAGGGAAUCUUGUUUGCCUGAAACCAAGCCCCAAAACUUCAGAAGUCACAGACUAUAACUAUAGAGCUGAAGUGAAAAAACUCAUCCCUCACUUAAAGAGUUUGGAUGAAGUACCAGCAAACCAAACUGACAUUCCUGUCCCAUGUAAGAUGAACAAAGACUGGCUAAUCGUUAAGGAAUCCAUCAAAGAUGGAAGUUUAGUUGAAGAGGCAUCUGGUUUUGAUUCUUAUUCAGGAUCAGUAACAAGAAGACCAUGUUCUGCUGGAAGACCUGCCACAAGUAAUUUCUUGUCAGCUUCCAGACCACAGACUGCACAGAGACCUCCUAGUGCCCAUUUACUCUCUAGUAAUAACACGCUCACAGAGUCCACAAUUUCUGAUGACAUAGUACCUGAAGAUGAUUCCAGUGACUUGACACAUGGUGUCAGCAAAGUUAUAUGUGGAAACCCUAUCAAAGCUCUUCAUGCACGAAGACAAAAACUAGGUUCUACAGUAAUGAAUCUGUUCCAGCCACAGUGUCAUACACAUGACUAUCAAGAAACUAAUGAUGUAAAUGUGGAAGAAAUCUUUGCUGAACUGAACAUUUGGACAGAGCAGCAUAACCAGUACCCACCCACCAUCCCCAGGGAGAAGUCUCUCCAAAUAUUGAAAAUAAUACACAGUGAUGAAGAGGAAGAAGAGUGGAGCCUGAGUGACAGCUGUGAGGAAGAUUCAAAAGAAAUGAACAAUGAGGACCUAAUAGAAAAGAUGUCUCCAGAUUCCUCCUAUCAAUCCAGUGUUUCUCAGUCAUCCUCAGAUUCAUUCCAUGCCUUGGAAAAUGCAUUACCCACUCUUAUAAAGCACCCUCUCGUGCCUUCUCCUCCAAAAUGUCCAUCACCUGCAUCCAUACAGGGUGUGAAAGAUGGGCUUAUCAGAGCCAGGCGUCUGAAAGUACCCAGCUCAACAGAGGUAGCUCUACUGAAGCCAACUUCAUCAGCUGUGAACAGAGAUGCACUGCAGCAUGUGGUUGAGAAGACUACUGUUUUUAGUCUCUUCAGAAAGCCUGAUGCCUCAUCUAAUGUAUCUGCGUUAGGACCGAAGUAUAGGCAUUGUGGCAGCAACAACAAGCCAACCAGAAGGCCUGUUUCAGGACCAGCAGCAACUGGAUCAACAGACAUCAGAGCCACUGUGGAUAAAAAACUUCACAAGAUGAUCAGCCCUCAUCACCCAGUUGUUCACUCAGGCAUAAAAACUUCAGAGACAUUUGCAAUGCUGAAUGUGGGCCGCCCUCUGUCCGCCAAGGCUGCCCUGCAGAGCUUGCCAAGCAGGCCGAAUAUCUCUAUGAUAGCACAAAGCAAGUUUCCCAAACUGUAGGAAAUGCCCUGAGCAGCUGUGCAUUCGUCAUUGCCAAGUCACAGAAGUGUUCAUCUGUUUUCUGUGUUUCCCAUUUUCCUGUGAGCAACACAGGCUGAUUUCUCUUAGUCAUUAUGAUCAUGAAGCACAACAGUGGCUCUAGGCAAGCAAAGUAGUUUAAAGGAAACACCUUUAUUACCUCAAACAAAAGUAAUCUGUGAAGAGAGAAGCUUCAAACCUCCAAUCAGGAGAGACAGCUUGGGCCACUACAGACAUCUCAAGAGACAACAUACCUUACAGAUCAACUGAAUGACUGACCUAACAAACCAAGAUGGCUCCCUUGACUCAGCCAGUGGGAAGAAGAUACAGACUGCCCUUCAGCAUUCACCCUAGUAUUCAUCUGCAGUUGUUCAAGUAUCAGCCAAUGCAUUCCCACACACAAAAUAACAGAACAAACUGGGGAAGUUGUGUUACAACAACUCUUUUGGAUUGGAUUUGUGUGGGCUUUCUGUGUUCUUUGGACAGGUCUAACUUGCAGAACAUAUCCUUGAUUCUGGAACUAGCUUCCCUUUUACACUGAAGUCUAAACUGUCCAUCCUUUUUGAAAUUACUCUGUUCAGCUCCAAAUAACUGAAUAGUUCAGAGGGCGGUUAUAAUCAGAAGGAUUUUAUCACAUCACUUUGUUUUAAUAGUGCUUACUAGAAACUCAUAGCACUUUCCCACAAUGGCUAUCAUGCAGAUAUACAUGAGUAGGUGGGUUGUAUGUUCUCCAAGCCAAAAUAUGCUUUCAGUGGAUGUGGGUGAUUCCCCAAGAAUCCCUCAUUUACUUCAUCUUUGUCAUGC